AUGGGCCUUGGCCUCUUUCAUAAGAAGGCUCAUACGCCGCCUGCACCAAUCACGGACGACACGGACGUGAUGAGCAGCAACGCGGGCGUCGACUCGGAGACGUACGUCAAGGCGAUCUCGUCCAUCGUGGAAGAGAUCAUCAAGGCCUAUGAGAAGCAGGAGCCGGUCAACAUGACGCGGCUCAAGAACGACGUCGCCAAGGGGUAUCGCCUGCCGUCCAUGCCCAAGCUGGUGGACAUCAUCUCGGCCAUUCCGGAAGAGUACAAGGAAGAGCUACUGCCGUUCUUGAAGGCCAAGCCCGUGCGCACCGCGUCCGGCAUUGCCGUCGUCGCCGUCAUGUGCAAGCCGCACCGGUGCCCGCACAUUGCGAUGACGGGCAACAUCUGCGUCUACUGCCCGGGCGGGCCAGACUCGGAUUUUGAGUACUCGACACAGGCGUACACGGGGUACGAGCCGACGAGCAUGCGCGCGAUUCGUGCUCGCUACAACCCGUACGUGCAAACCAAGACACGCGUUGACCAGCUCCGGCGCCUCGGCCACAACGUCGACAGGUGCGUUGAAUUCAUCGUGAUGGGUGGCACGUUUCUCUCGCUCGACAAGGAGUACCGCGACUACUUUAUUCGGAAUCUCCACGAUGCGCUCUCGGGCCACACGUCGGCAUCCGUUGCCGAGGCUUGCACGGCGAUCACGAUUGAGACGCGGCCCGACUACUGCUUGAAGCCGCAUCUGAACGACAUGCUCGCGUACGGCUGCACGCGGAUCGAGAUUGGUGUCCAGAGCAUUUACGAGGACGUGGCACGCGACUCGAACCGCGGUCACACUGUCGCUGCGGUGUGCCACUCGUUCCAGCUCGCCAAAGACUGCGGGUACAAGAUCGUCGCGCACAUGAUGCCCGAUUUGCCCAACAUGGGCAUGGAGCGGGAUCUCAAUGGCUUCAAAGAGUACUUUGAGAACCCGCUGUUCCGGACGGACGGCCUCAAGAUCUAUCCGACGCUGGUGAUCCGCGGGACAGGCCUGUACGAGCUCUGGAAAACAGGCCAGUACAAGAACUACUCGCCCAACGAGCUCGUGGAUCUGAUGGCGCGGCUGCUUGCGCUCGUGCCGCCCUGGACGCGCGUGUACCGCAUUCAGCGCGACAUCCCCAUGCCGCUCGUGACGUCGGGCGUCGAGAACGGCAACUUGCGCGAGCUCGCACUGGCGCGCAUGAAGGACCUCGGCCUCGCCUGCCGCGACGUGCGGACGCGCGAGGUUGGCAUGAAGGGCAUCCACGACCAGGUGGCACCGGAUCACGUCGAGCUCAUCCGGCGGGACUACGUCGCCAACGGAGGGUGGGAGACUUUCCUCGCCUACGAAGACGUCGACCAAGACAUUCUCGUCGGCCUCCUUCGAUUGCGCCAAGCAAGUGCAACUGCUUUUCGACCUGAGAUCCCGCCCGGCACGUCCAUCGUCCGGGAGCUGCAUGUCUACGGCUCGGCCGUCCCGUUGCACGCACGUGACCCGACCAAGUUCCAACACCAGGGAUUCGGGACGCUCCUCAUGGAGGAAGCCGAACGCAUUGCGCGCGACGAGCACGGUUCGCACAAAAUUGUGGUGAUUUCCGGCGUGGGCACGCGCGACUACUACCGCAAGCUCGGGUACACGCUCGAGGGCCCGUACAUGGUCAAGGACCUCGAGGGGUAAAAGAUUCACGUCGUAUCCUCAAAACCAUAUCUUUCAUUGACGCGCAUCAACAACCCGCGUCUCUUGUGUUUUGUAUGGGCAGCUGCGCCCGUUUUUUCGAAACCGCCCGUGCAACUCCCGCGUUUUCAAAUAUAAAUAUAAAACGACGAAAUCAAGUCGUUAA